AUGUUCAGCUCCAUGAAGCUCGUUGCUGCUGUUACUGCCGCCCUCGUCGCCUCGCGCGUGUCGGCGGACAAGCCCACGUUUAACAUCAACCACCUCCCCGACACCUGGGAGGACGGCCAGGCUGGCUCGAACAGCUGCAAGCAGUGGGGUGCCUCGAGCUCGAACUCCAAGUGCCAGAACGUGUUUAUCAACUCUGCGCGCGAUUUCUGCCUGUGGGCGCCGUCCGGCGGUGACCACACGGUCGGCCACGAGGAGGAGCGCAUGGUCUCGUACUGUGUCAAGUCGGGCUACGGUACGCGUCUUAUCCCCGACGGCACCCUCAAGUCGGCCUACUUUGUGAAGACCGACGGCUUCGUCCAGGUCACCGGUAUCGGUGACUUUACCUCGAUGCACAUCAAGUCGGGCGACGAGGGUGGCGAGCUCGACCCCCACGGUGCCACCGGCGCCGGUAACCCCGCGGGUGGUCUCGUGUUCACCCGCAGCAAGGCCGGCCAAGAGGGCGAGUGGGUCCAGCUCAAGGAGUGGAACAACUUCAUGAGCGCUACCGAGUACUCGAUCCGUGGCUGCUGGGGCGACAGUGCCACCGAGUACUGCCCGCACAUCUACGACGAGAUGGGCUCGUACUUCAACGAGCCCGGCCGCUACAAGGAGGGCACCUUUGAGGACUGCGAGGGCACCGACGGCGACUGGCCGGGUGUGUACCACGGCUCGACCUUCUACCAGGGCCAGGCCUCGACCCCGCCCGCGCAGAAGCCCGGCUCGACCUCGAAGUGCCACACCUUCCACACGGUCCGCAACGGUGUUGCGCCCAAGACCCUGUACAGCUAA